AUGGGGGUCCCCCUCCAUGCCCCCGGCUCCGGCAGCGCCCCGCACCCCCCGGGCCCCCCGCCAAGCCGCAGCCCGCAGGGCGGCGCCCGCUCUCGCCCUCGCCCUCCCCGCGGCGCGCGGCCUCGGCCCGGGCCUUACCGAGCGAGCGACCCGAGGAGCGGCGGCGGCGGCAGCGGCGGACUGAGCGAGCUAGCGGGCGCCGGGGGCGAUGGGGCGGCUAGCAAGGCCGAGCGCAUCCGACGCCGGCCGCGGCGAUUGGCGGAGCGGGCCCCGCGGCGGCGCGGGCGGGCGCGGGCGGGGCCUGCGCGGGGCGGGGCCGCGGGCGGGGCGGGGACCCAGGGGCGCCGCUCGACCAUCAUCCGCCCGGUUGACCCCACACCCAAACAGGUGGAUGCUGCCAUCCCCCCACCCCUUUCUGCAAAAGACGAGGCCAGGCCCGAGGAUCGAUCCCGAACUCGCCAGGACCCCACACAGCUAAGAAGUGGUGGGUGCGACGUGUCAGCGGUCGCGAUCCGGAGGCACCGGGGCUCGCGGGAACAGACGCCGGUUAGAAUCCGGGGUCACCGCUCCGAGCCUUCCCCUCCUCUAGCUGGGAGCUCACCUGCGCGCCUCUCCCUGCACGUGGGCCUUCCCGGCGCGCGCCUCGGAAGCUGGGGCGUCACCUUCACCUCAGGUGUCCUCCCCUCCUCUCUCAGGAACCCCGACGUCUGCAGGUCCCCGCUCCAAGGUCGCCUCUUCCCUGGCGCCCUCUCCCGUCGCUCGCGCUGCUGGGAUCGGCCCACGCCCAGUCUGUCCCGGGCCCUGCGGCCUUGA